UAUCUGUUUUGAUUGCCAAAUUCAUUUCUUGUAUAUUUAGUUCUAAUAAGGAGUUAUUUCAUUACAAACUGUUGGCGAUGUCUUGAUAUAACAAUACCUUUUUAUAUUCAUCCUCUUAGAUAAAAUGACGUCAAGCACCAAAAAGCGUUCUUUCUCGAGCUCUGGAGAUUCUUUAUAUGAAUUAUUAGGUGUCAAAAAGAAUGCUUCAAAUGACGAAAUAAAAAAGGCUUUUAGAAAGUUAGCAUUAAAAUUUCACCCAGAUAAAAAUUUAGAUGAUCCUAAUGCAGCAGACAAAUUUAAAGAUAUUAACCAUGCACACUCUGUCCUUUGUGAUAGUUCAAAACGACGAAUAUAUGACCAGUAUGGGUCUCUUGGGCUGUAUGCAGCAGAAACUGUUGGAGAAGAAAAUGUUAGCUUCUAUUUUCUGUUAAAUAGUCGAUGGGCAAAGGCCUUGUUUUGUUUCUGUGGAUUGAUAACGGGUUGUUACUUCUGCUUGUGUUGUUGCUGUUGUUGCAACUUUUGUUGUGGAAAAUUUCGGCCACAAAUGGAUCAAGAAGACAUGGAUUAUUCAUUCCUACAUAAGGAUCCUGAAAAAGGGGACUUUGAUCAGCCACGGGAGGAACUAAGUAGCGAUUCUUCAGAGGCUACCCCAGUCGUCUCACAGCCAACUGCUUCAGGCCACCCAGCAGAAGGAGAGGGAGUUCAGGAAGCUACCGGAAAUGUGACAGAAACAACAGUUUUAAGUCAAGACGCCAAACCAAACUACGGUGCUGAUGGUGCAAUUCCUUUACCGGAAUCUUAAAUUGUCUUUGCCUAACCUGCAUGUAGGUGCCCCUGGUCCUUGUAGAAACUGUGCCAAUUGGUGGCGUGAUGAAAGGAACACAUACCUAUGCUUUUGAUGAACUGGAUCUCAUUUGGUUGAGGAAUUCUUUAAUAAUUCUUAUCUAGAUUAUUCUGCCUCUUUUUCAUUUUCUAUUGUUCUCCCACUUUUUUUUACCCUACUUCUCUUUUGUCUUUUGUUUCUUUUUUCUUUCCUUUUGGCUCAUCAUCAUUGUUAUUAUUAGAUGGCAAACUGGCAGAAUUGUUUGUGUGUUGGACAAAAUGCUUAGCAGCAUUUUGUCCACAGCAUUUUGUCUGGCUUUUCACUUUCUAUUUUGAAAUUUCACCAAGGUCAACUUUGCCUUUCAUCCUUUUGAGGCAAAAAAAUAAGUACCAGUCAAGUGCUUCGGUUGAUGUAAUCAACUAAGCCUCUCCAUUUAAAGUAGCUGGCCUUGUGCCUAAAUUAGAAAUAUUAUUAUUAUUAUUAUUAGAUGGCAAGCUGGCAAAAUUGUUAAUGUGUCAGACAAAAUGCUUAGUGGUAUUUUAUCUGAUUCUUUAAGUUCUAAGUUGAAAUUUCUCCAAGGUUGACUUUACUUUUUGUCCUUUCGAGGUCAAAAAAUAAGUACCAGUCAAGCACUGGGGCUGAUGUAAUCAACUAACCCCUUCCCUUAAAGUAGUUGACCUUGUGCCUAAAUAACAUUAUUAUUAUUACUAUUAUUAUUAUUACUACUACUACUACUACUACUACUACUACUACUACUUAAGGCAGUGAGCUGACAUAAUUGUUAGCAUGCUAAUCGAAAUGCUUAGCAGCAUUUCUUCUGUCUUUACAUUCUGAUUUCAAAUUCCACCAAGGUUGACUUUACUUUUCAUCCUUUCAGCGUCAAUAAAAUAAGUAUCAGUUGAAUACUGGGGUCAAUUUAAUUGACUUACUCCUCCCCGAAAUUGCUGGCCUUGAUCCAAAAUUUGAAAUCAUUAUUACUGUUAUUAAUACGCUGAUGGUGUGGACUGGCAGAAUUGUUAGAUCAUAGAAGAAAUGUCUUGCUACUUUUGUUCCAGCUCUUUACAUUCUAAGUUGAAAUAUCCCUGAAGUCAAGUUUGCCUUUCAUCCUUUGGGGGGGGGGGUCAAUAAAAUUAGCAUCAGUUCAGCACUGGGAUCAAUGUAAUCGACUUACCCUUCCCCUCAAAAUUGUUGGCUUUGUGCCAAGAAUUAGAAUUAUUAUUCUUAAUUUUACUUCUCUCUUUUGGGGUAAAUAUUCUUUGGGUUAUUUUCUUUUACUUUUUUUCAUUUAAUAUAAUUAUUAUUAUUCCUUUACCAUUAAUUUCCAAGUUGUAUUUAAUAUCUUUAAAUUCAAAACCUGGUUAAGACUAAAGACAAGAAUAAAAUGGUGUUUCAGGAGUUCCAGGAGCCAUCCUCUUUACACUCUCCAAAUGUAUUAUUAAUAUUCCCUUAUGGCUGUAGUCACUUCAUUUGUACUCUAAGCAUUAAACCUUUGAAAUAUAUCCAGUUUACUUACUA